AUGUUUUAUUUAGCUAUUUCUAUCAUUACAUCUUUCUGCAGUAUUUCCUGGGCAACUGUUGACUAUCAGGUAUCAUUAUGAAAAUCUCUGCCUGAUAAAAAUCAGCUUGGAGUCAUUCCCAAGUUAAUGUAUUUCUUCUAUAAACUGUUCACACUGACCUCAUGGAUACUUAGUGUUGCACUGACCACAGUGCUCAAUUUCAAAAGUUCUUUAAUUCUGUUAACUUUUCUUUGGAUCUUGAGCUUCUGCUGGAUUUUGAAACAACAUACACUGUUUUGCAAAUCUAAGAGGAUGGAAUAUUUAUACAGAAUCAUUGUUGGAAUCAUUCUAACUUUUACCUAUUUUAACAUUAAGGGAAAAAAGACAAAGGUUGAUAUUUCUGUUUAUUAUACUGUUCGUGUGCUUUUAACUUUAGUUAUAUUGUACAUAUGUUUGGUUUGGAAGCCUUUGUUUAUCAAUCAAAUACAUUCUAAAGCUGUGAGCAUCAUAAUUGUCUUCACUCUAGUGUUAGGUAUUAUUUUUCUUGUUGUUUAUUUUUCACCCCCCUGUUUAUGGCAAACAAGAUAGAGCUUCAGAUGAAGCUGAUGGAAUGUCAGGAGAAAAAGCUGUAGUCAGUAGAAUUACCAGUUUCAUAAUGCAAUGAACAGCAUGGAAUUAUGCGACUUCUUAAAAUAUUUGCAAAUCAAAGCAAUAUGGACUGGACUGUCCAUUAUUCACUUAUUCUGUCAUUAUUCUCAUACUUUUAGUAAACAUUUCCAGUAAAUAAUUUCUGAUGA